GUGUUGAUGGGACUCGGCAGCCCACUGCGCCACGGAGACCCUGGUGAGGUUUGUCAACAAGAGCUCAGGUCUGCGGGUCUGGCAUCGGCUGCUGCAAGGUUGACCUCCAACUUUUAGUUACAUUUCCGUGUCGCUGAAUAUAGUGAUUUAUGAUGCAGUUCACCGAGGACUUCGCCCAUAAGCAUGAUUCAUGUUUCCACUGCAGUGGCUUUUAUGGACCAAACUUUGGACAGCCAUUGUGUACCACCUGUCAUGCGUUUCUCUACCCAGAUGAUCCUUCAAAGCUACCUAGUGUUGGUCCAUACCAAGAGAAAACUGAUGAUGGUGAUUCAGGGAAUGAAGAACCACGUGAACCAGGAGAUUAUUACCAAACACAGGAGCAGAUGCAGCAGUUGCCAUCACAGCAGCAGCAAGAGCAAUAUUAUCAGCAGCAGCAUUAUGAUCUUCAUAUAUUAGAACAGCAGCAAGUGCAGCAUCAACAACAACAAGAAGGAAACACUAGCAACAUCAGUGUGUUGGUCAACACCGAAACAGAAACUGACGACUUUGAUUUUGUUGUUGAUGGUGGUGGUGGUGGUGCUGCUGUUGAUAGCAUGGAUGUUGGCAGCAGUGACUCGUUCUUAACAUCUGCUGUAGAGUUAUCGGGAGCAGGACCAUCUACUGUAAUACCUGGAGCUAUAGCAGUGCAAGCAUCUGGAAGUAUGGGGAGCAUUUGUGGUAUCAAUGGUUCUAGUACUAGCAUGCUAGUGAUGGGCGCAGCUGGAGGUAUACCAGGACUAAAUGGUGCAGGACGAGGGGGAGGAGCUUCAAGAGGCAGUGGCAAUGGUGGUGGCAGUCUUCGAAUGGGAGAUACAAGAAUUUCACUUGUUAGGAAUCCUGAAGGAAGAACUGGGGCAAUAAGAGAAACUCUUCAAGAACAAAUAAUCCAACUCACUUGCCCUCGACCUAGUGAAAAUCUUGACCCGAUGCUCAUACAUCGCAUGCCUCCAGAAGUUUGGGUGUUGGUGUUUGAUUUCCUAGACGACAUGACAUUAUGGUCUGUUGGACGAGUGUGUCGUCGUUGGCAGCAACUGGUUGAUCGGUAUGUGACGGAUGAUCAGUGGCAGAAGUACACACAGCGUAGAUGGCCACUCUAUGCACCCCUCUUUAAGAACGUUCCCUGGCAGAUGGUCUACACUAAAUUAACAGAGAGUGCACCUUGCCACGUGUGUCUUCACCAGAUGUCUCUGCUAACACCACCACACAACAGCGAAAACUCGUGGAGAAGAAAUCGCCUACGAAAUGAACUUCGAACACUGCGGUCAGAUCCACCUGAAGGCAUUCAGGCAUCUCCUCUCGAUAAGAUGUCCCUGCACUGGCAAGCUUCAAUACGGGGUCCUGCAGGAUCUCCUUAUGAGGGCGGGACAUUUUUCCUGUACAUCCAGAUACCCCACAGUUAUCCUCUGUGUCCACCUAUUGUUCGCUUUAUCACCAAGAUCUUCCAUCCCAAUAUAUCUCGGCAUGGAGACAUUGGAAUUGACUCCAUACAACAUAACUGGUCUUUAGCAUUAACUAUCUCGAAGGUUCUCAUUUCAAUUCAAUCUCUCCUCACUGACCCAUAUAUUAAGGUGUGUAUGGAACCUGAAAUUGGACGACUGUAUGAAUCCGAUAAAAAGCAAUUUGAGUGUGUGGCAAGAUCUUGGACUUGGACAUAUGCCAUGCAUGAUGCCCUCAUCCCCGAACCUGUGCCAUCUUCCACUCUGAGCCAUACGUUUAUAACAUGUGGCACUUCCUCUCAGGUUAACCUGGACGAUGCACCAUCAGCAAGCGGAACAGGAGCAGAUAAUGACUCGAUGAUUUCAUUUUUCCUGACGUGAUACUUGAAGUAGACUUAAUUUCUACCCAACCAUUUUAAGAAUAUAUAUAUCUCUCUUACAUGAUGAUGUGUGUUGAAUCAACGGAGAGAGACAUGGACACCUAAGUUGUGUAAAUUGCAGAGUCGGUGCACUCUACAAGAGUUUUAUUAAUUCUAAUAUAGUACAAUACUCGCAGCAAAAUAGUGACAAAGACGACAAAGAUAAAAUGCAAAAUUAAAAAAAAAAGGUUAAGAACAAAGUGAGGAACACUGAAAUUAAUGUUUACAAAUUGUUAUGUGGAGGAGCAUUUUGUCAGUAGUAAAUUAUUAAAAUUUCCCCAAAAAAAUCAUAUUUGUAAGAUAAGACAUUAACAAAGUUGUCAUAACUUGUUACAUGUUUUGAGUGUUUUGUAUGGAAGGAAUGAUGAUCAUUACCAGACAAGCUUAAUUGCAAUUUAAGUACCAGUCACAGUAUAUGGUUUGGCCAUAAAGGUCGAGUAAGACUGGGGUGUUAUGUUUUCAAGGUCAUUUUUACUAUGUAUUCAUUUCACUGUCAUUACCGUCUUGGUUUCUUUUUUCGUGAGUGGAAAGGCAUCAGUCAGGGGUGCAAAGUACAGGAAUAACUCUGUGAAGAAGAGCUACAGAUAUUAAAAAAGAAAGUGGCUGUUUUUGCCCCCUUGUGAAAAGAUGGGUUCCCUGUAAUAUAGGAGCUACGAAGCUGUAUGGACCACAUAUGGAUGGGCAAUGGCAACCCCCUCUACCAUUAUUUGUACUAUGUAUAGUUCGUGUAGUAUUGGAGAUUAUAGUAUGACUGCAUUAAAGUUGUAUAUUUAAACAAUGAAAGUGGUUCACAUUCUGGAUGUAUUGUUGGAUACAGCAGAUAAAGUUGUAUCAAUGUGAGCAUAGCCAAAGAGGACUAUCAGUGGGGAAAAUAAGUCACCCCCUCUCCCCUCCACUUGCCUUGUGUAUAUUCUUUGAUUUCAUUAAUUAGCAUCCAGGGAGGAUGAAAAUCCACAUAAAUUAUCAGCUGUAAUGGGGUGGUGAAGUUGUGUUUUUUGGUAGUAAUGAAGCGAGGUGCAGUCUGGGACUAACUUGGUCUAUUUAUUUUCGUUGUUCUCACUUUAUUUUUAGUUCUUGUAUGUACUGAUGUGUUAUGUAUAUUCCAAUGUUAUGUAUUAUUUAUAGAUAAUGAAUACAGAUAAAUACAGUGUGUG